GAUUUGUAUCAAUUGUUGUGAUAAUCAUGUCUUCGGCGACACUCAACGAGUAUAUCAAUAACACACAGUCAGUGGUGACCGCCGACGGCCGACAGAUUGUGAUCGACGAUUUGGUGAACUUAUAUCGAGAGUUCGCCAAAACUCCGGUUCCCAUCGCCGGACAUCUCUACCGAUGCGGUGAUAAUAAGAGACAAAUGUCUUUACGAACGGAUUGGAGGGUUCGGGAUAUGGAUCGCCCGGAAGCGACCAAACAUGCCGUCCAUCACACCAUCAAACUGUCCAAAGACUUCACUCGAGUUAAACACAUCCAACCCGUCGGACAACCCGUGGAUGUGACCAAUGAAUUGGCGACCACUGCCAGAGCACCGGUAUCUCAAUACAUGGCUGUCGUGCGCAAGGGUUCCAAAGACCCGGAGUCUGGAAAAUCGAAACAAUGGCUCGAAGUAUGGGAUCAGACGUCGAAAGUGCGGUCAAUAGACACGGAUUCAGUGGACGAACACUCGGCUCUUGUAUUGGACGACACGUUCGGACGACUCUUGUGGUCAUCGAAUGGCAAACAACUCCUAUAUGUCUCUGAAUAUAAGGCACCGAAAGCUCAGUCCUAUUACAAGAGAGUCAACAAAAAGGCCGAUAAACCCGACAAAGAGCCGGACACUAGGGGUCAGGAGUUUGUGCACAGAGAGGAUUGGGGCCAUGGGUUGGAUGGUAUCAGUCAUACAGUGAUCUGUAUUCUCGAUGUCAGCAAAGACUUCAAGAUCCGCACCAUUGAGAAGACGGGCUAUUCAUUGGGUCAGCCCUUCUGGACGGACAGUACGGGUGAUAGCAUUGGAUUCAUUGGAUGGCCUGAAGAACCCCGACGUUUGGGACUUGCAAUCUGUCCGAUACGCGAGAACUCUGUGUUUACAAUGGAUUUGCGAUCUGAAGACUCUGUGCCACAACUGGUCUGUGGGUCUGAGAGGACAGCCAUUCGUAGUCCCCGUCCACUGCCUGACGGAACGGGUUUUGUGUAUUUGGAGUGCGAAGUGGGCGGACCUCACGAUAAGGCCAGUCGUCUAAUGCGAUACACCUUUGAGUCGAAGUCAUGUGAAACUCUUGUGGACACCGAUGGGCGCCGAGAGAUAAUAAACACCGAAAGCGGUCCUAAAUAUGGGAAAGUCUGCGCUCUGUUUGCCGACGACUUACCCGAUAAUUGUUUCACUUCUUCGGGAAACCAUUUACUGAUCAACUGUUUCACUGAACUUCAGUUACGGCUCUAUUUGAUUGAUCUCAAGACUCGACACUUGAUUCCCAUUGACUUCCCCUUACCUUCCGUCCAACUCCUGGACUUCAGAGACAAUCUCGUGAUAGCCAUCGGCUCCGCCAUCAAUGUUAAGCCCAAUGUGUUUGUCGGUCGACUCAACGAUAAACCGGAGCCGUCGAUAGAGUGGUCACAAAUUGGGACCAAUUCUAGUGAUUCACUGAAAGACAUAAGUGUUGAGAACUAUUGGAUUCCCAUUACUGAAGACCCCAACAAACUAUUGACAGCCAUUCUGGUCAGCCCUCAAACAGUCAAAUCAGAGGCGGCGCCCACUGUAGUCCUACCCCACGGCGGACCCCAUUGCGUCUAUUACAAUACUUAUUUGACAACUCCUGUAAUGUUAGCUAGACUUGGAUUUAAGACAUUAUUAGUCAACUACAGGGGAUCGUUAGGUGUGGACGAGGAGUACGUGUCGUCUCUCAUCGGACACGUCGGCGAUCUGGACGUCAAAGAUGUCAUUCAAUGCGUGCAAUACCUGUGCGAUAAGAAUCUGGUGGACCGACAGAGACUCGUUCUGUUAGGCGGUUCUCACGGCGGGUUUCUCGUGACACACCUGUCCGGUCAGUACCCGCACUGGGAUUUUAAGGCUUGUGUUGCGUUAAACCCGGUCAUAGACUUGUCAACCAAUCCCGACGGCACAGACAUCCCUGACUGGUGUUAUGUGGAGGCGUUCGGCACAUCCCUAUCCUAUAAAAGCGAUGCAGUCUUAGAGCCGAUGAGCGCCAAAGUCAUGUCCGAGCGCUCGCCCAUCCAUUGGGCGCCUAACGUAAAGGUGCCGACGCUUAUGAUGUUAGGCAAACGGGACCGUCGGGUGCCCUCCACUCAGGGACUUAAAUACUACCGCUUAUUGAAGGCCAGGGGUGUGAAAACCCGGUGCUAUGUCUACGACGACGGCCACAGUCUGGCGGAUGUCUCUGUCAGCGGAGACUACUUCAUAAACCUUUGUCUUUGGAUUUUACAGCAUUUGAAUGAAUGAGUAAAAUGUGUUUUCAAACUAAUUGCCCGCAAAUACACUUUUUAUGGAUUUCUUUGAAUUUACUUUUAAAAUAAUUAAUAAAUAAUCAAUAGUUAUA